AUGCCGAACACGUACUCUUAUUGCGGCAGAAUUAUUAAAGGUGUUGUUUUGGAUAUCACAGGGGUUUUAAAAGAAAGUGGUCCAAAUGGCGGAACUGCAAUAAAUGGGUCUAUCGAUGCGAUUAAUAGAUUAUAUGAAAGUGGCCUGCAGUUUCGCUUUUGUACCAAUGAAACAACUGUAACAAGACAUCAUUUAGUGAACCAGCUUAGAAGAUUAGGUUUUACUAUUGAAGAGGACAAAGUGUUUUCACCAAUUCCUGCAGUUUGCCAGAUUCUGAAAGAGAGAAAUUUGAGACCACAUCUACUUGUUCACAAAGAUUCACUACCAGACUUUAAAGAUGUGGAUAAGAAUGAUCCAAACUGUGUAGUAAUUGGAGAUGCUACAAAUGAGUUUUCCUAUGAUAAUCUUAACAAAGCUUUUCGUUGCCUGAUGGAAAUUGAGCAGCCAGUUCUGUUCUCCCUGGGCAGUGGGAGGUACUAUCAAGAAGAUGGGGAACUUGUGUUAGAUGUGGGACCAUACAUGAAAGCUCUGGAGUAUGCUACAGAUGUGAAAGCUGAGGUAGUGGGCAAGCCAUCUCUGUCUUUCUUUACUGCUGUAUUAAAAGACAUGAAUGUUUUACCAAAUGAGGCUGUCAUGGUUGGAGAUGACAUUGUCAGUGAUAUAGGAGGAGCUCAGGCCUGUGGAUUAGCAGGUGUAUUGGUUAGGACAGGAAAGUUUCGAAGCCGCGAUGAAAGCCACCCAGAUGUCAAGCCUGAUGAUAUUGUUGAUAAUUUAGCACAGUUUGUAGAUAAGCUCUUACAACAUUCUUUGUAG